CCAAGGAAUGCGAGAGAGAGAUUGCACCGGCACCACUCGCACACCACACACACCCUGACACCCAGGACACCAGCCCAACAGCCCAGGCUACUGCGGUCUGGACGCCGGGUACCUUCUAGAAAGGGGAAAACCAGUGUCUGAAUCAACUGCAGCCCAGUGCACGCCCGUGCCGUCCACGAGUUCUCUCCAGAUGCUACCGCGCCACGCAGCAAAUAGCGCCGCCCUGAAUACGAAAAUGGGCCAGCCUACCGCCUGCCGACAUGCACCUCAGCGGCCAGGUACCCGAGCUACUAAUGCGAACGCCCUUGAUGCUUGUACGAAGGGGCCAGUCUUGCAGUAAUGACAGCCUCUGCCAGUCACAUACUCAAUCGCCCAUAUCAGUUGGUGCCCCCAAACCCAGCCAGACAGCCCAGGCCAGCCCCCAGCCAGUUGAGUUUUGCAGGCGCGGUCGAGCGUCAUCUGAUGUCAAGGUUGAGUUCGAUAAUCCAAUGUGCCAGUGACAGGGGGGACCAAGAUUCCCAGAGGAUAGGCCCCAUCGUGAACGGCAACAUGGGACCACCCGGCCAAUCACAGCCCUCCCGCCCGUCCACCGUGUGGGAGGAGGGUGCGCGAGCCGAAAUUUGAUGGAGCCGAUGCAUCUCCUUUGGUCUCCUCUCGGUCUCCUCUGCCCUGGUGAUUGCACGCUCUUUCGCGCCCGCCUGGCCCUCCUGGGCUGUCGUAAUCGCAAUCCCAAUCCCACGCAUGCGCCCGCGGGAAAAUAGCCCUUCUCUCCAUAGCGGCCGCCUGCACUGACUCUGGGACGAGACCUUACCUUGCCUAUCCCAGCCUCGUCCCGGUGCUCUGUUGCUUGCUCGCUGGCUCGCUUGCUUGCUCACACACACACUCUCGUCGUUCCCUUCCCUCUCCCGUCCCUGGACAAUCUCGUUCCGUCCAAUCCCUUGACUUCCUUUUUUUCCCUUUCCUCUUUUCCUCCCCUCCCCCACCAUCUUCCCUAGUGAUCUCGAGGCACGUUGCGCGCGUGGUUGUCCUCAUCACUCUAGUCGACAAGGAGCGGUCGUGUCGUGCAGGAGAAAAGACAAGAAAGAAGCAGAAAGCACAAAGGGCUACGGAGAGCCGUGCCAUUUCGCUCGCACGCAAUUUCGGGUUCCAUUGGCCGGCUCGGAGAGAACAAUGAGGUGAACGGGUCCGCGGCCCCCCCAUAUCCAACCAAGAAAACGCCCCAAUACUUGCGAGACGAGACCCGAACAAAGGCACAACGCCAGCACCGACCGUGUCGUCGACGACCGAAAUAUUGGAUGCGAUAGUCUGCCUGCCCAUCUGACUGUCCAUCCGUCCGAUCUUUUUUCUCAGGUGCCCUCAUCAACACGACGGAUUCGUGCUUGCAAACGCUGCGUCAGCAAUGGUUCUGCGCCAGCCAGUCACUCCUUUGCCAAUCCACCAAAGCCAAGCUUUCGACAAGCCAUCACCGUGCUCCCCAUUCGCCGGCCAAGUCACCAUCGCAACAGCCGUCCCCGUCGCUGUCGCUGUCGCCGUCGCCGUCACUGACACGGCUGUCCCCAGCUGCUGCAUGCUGCUCGCUGCUGGCAACUGCGCCUCGCCUCGCAUCGCGUCGCCUUGCCUCGCCUUGCAUGCGUAGCGUCCCCAGGCACUCUGCCCGUCGGUCGCCAUUGUCCAACCGAAUCGCACCCGCAGGAACCGGAACCCGGUCCGCCUCCAGCAAUACGGGAAGCCCGUGCUGAUCGACAACACACACCCCCCAAACCUAAAUCCAAAGGGGGGCCUUUUUCGGGCCACUCCAUCCCACGCUCGUUUAUUCAGUACACUAGAGACAGAGACCACCGCUCGCUAUUCUUGUCGUACGCCCCUCUUUAAGAGGCAUUGCCGCCCCCCCGGCGCGAUGACUAACCACUUCUACGGGUCUUCACUCUUUCAGGCCCCAAAGACUGACCACGUCCACCACCGACACUCUCAUUAUCUGCAUGGACGCAGUCUCAACAACCACCUUCGCUCGCAUGCCCACUUCCACCGGCGCCAGGAGGAGAACGAAACCGCAGACCUGGAUCAAGGCGACACCAUCAUCACCGAGGUUGUGCAGACCAUCUCGGUCGUCCAGGUCAUCGAUGGCUCAGGCGCAAUCAUCGAGACGCAGACUCUUGCCUCGGAACCCCAGACAAACCUCAUAGACGCUGAGACGGGGUCCACCAUCGACCCAAAGGUCAAGGCCGUGUCACCCACCCCCGACUCACCCGGUGCUGCCACAGCCUUGUCCCCCGCGACCGAGACCUCCAUCUCGGCUGAGGACCCCGUCUCACCUACUCCCGAGACCCCUCCGCCAGCCGCCAGUCCCUCCGAUGCUUCCCUGACUGCCACCACCAUCACCUCCGUCCCUCCAGGGGAGACUACCGACGCCACCACAAUCGUUCCGACUUUAUCUCUGCCUCCGAAUUUGUCAUCUUCCUCGUCCUUUCCUUCUCUCAGCUCCACCUUCAACUCCACCACCUCUUCUCUUACUUCCUCAUCGUCAUCUCUGUUGUCAAGUUCCUCUUCUCGUUCAAAUUCCACAAUCACCAGCUCUACCUCGUCAGGUAGCUCAACUGCGUCUCAGUCGCUCUCAUCGCUGGUCACGUCCCUCUCAUCUUCAUUCGCGGCAGACUCGAUAAGCGGCACAGCCUCAAGCUCGUUUUCAAGCUCCACUUCCGGCUCGAGUAGCGUCACAACUUCAUCAUCGGGGGCGUUUUCGACAUCUUCCGACUCGGAUUCGCUCUCACCCUCGCCAUCACCCACAUUCGGCAUAGGAGGUGGUGAUGGCUCCGCGGGAACCUCCAUUCUUGCCACGCCCUCUUCCUCGUCCACGUCACUAUCCCCAGGCGCCUCUAGCGAUGACGGACCUCCACCCACUGGCACGGUCGUCGGGGGUGUUGUUGGUGGUGUGGCCGGACUUGCGCUUUUGGUCGCGUUCGCUUUCAUGCUCCUCAGGCUGAGGAAGCGCGGCUGGUGUCACCUGCCCCUGGGCGGUGACGACAAAUCCAUCACCCCAGCCACCAGGGCUGUGGGUCCUGGCCCCUCCGGAGACGGUAGUGGCGGCGGCGGCGGCAGUGGCGCGUACGGAACCAUGCAGCAGCAGCGGUCGUCAGCGCCCUACUCGGUCGCCUCGUCGCUCGCGGCCCUGGCGGGGAAGCGGUCGUCCCGGGAGCGGUCCAACACGGGGUCAGAAAUGGCCGAGCGGGGCUUCGUCCGGGUGUCCGGGAAGAAGCUCCCGCCCGUGCUCCAGUACGGGGGCGACGGCUACUCGGACCCCCGCGACCGGAGCAGCCAGAACAGCGACGCCACGGUGUACCGCGACUCGAUGGCCAUCUUCAACCAGGUCUCCACCCCGCAGCGCCUCGCCCUCGGCUCCCCCAUGCGGCCCGAGAGCGGCGUCAUGGUCUUCAACCCGGGGCCGGCCAAGACGCCCGUCACGGGCGAGGUGCCCAAGACGCUCGACUCGCCGACCCUGCCGCGGAACUCGAUGCUGCCCCCCGGCGCCGACGACGUCGGGAGGACGCUCGCGGCCCAGGACCACUCCCGCGACGGCGCGGCCUCCCGCACCUCGCGGGGGUCGGCACGGUUCACCGAGAACCUGUCGUGACAAGGGCUUCGGGCGACGUCACUUUUCCUCCAAGCGCUGCCGACACGUCAACUCACCUCCUCUCUCGUGCUACAUAACGUUCCAACCCUGCGCCGGGCCUUAUUCUCACCCACAACCCGGUAGCUGUGUAUGACCUACCUACCAUACCUCAACCAUACUUCUAAUGUUUUGAAACUUAGUGCUAUCUUGCCUUGCUUUCGGGGGAGGCGAAAACUCUUUUUUAUGUUUUUGUUUUGCCCAAACCACGGCGGCGGCGGCGGCUGAUGAUGUGCCUACGACAGCGCAAAUACUGGAAUUCUUUUGGCGUUUCGUGUCCUUUCUCGUCAUUUUUUUGUCCUGUCUUUUGUCUUUUUUGUUUUAUAUCUUGGAUACCACUUCUUCAGAAGACAAGCGGACAUUUUCAAAAUUUCGCAUUUUUUUGAUGGACACAGUAAGGAGGGGUUUUUUGGGGCGGAGGAAAAAGAGAAGAAGAAAAGGGUUUCGCUCCUCGGCCGAGUCGAGCAAACCCGGGUCUGGGAGCCUUGGCUGGUCAUCGGGACGGUUUGGUGAUCUUUUUUUUUAAACUUGAUGUUUUUCCCCAUCCCAAUUUCUCUUCUUCUUUUUCAUCUUUCAUUUCUUAUUGGGCUGGGCAGCAGUAGAAAAGAGACAGACAGACAUGAGGAUGACCGGCCGGGCUCUCCUAGGAGAAGCGCAUUACUGUCCGAGGCAAUGUGCAGUUGCCUUUGUACAUAAUAGCUGGAGACAAAUAUAACUCUUGAUGAACAGGGAGAGGGAUGGUGGAAUUGGGGGAAGGGGCCCGGUCGUGGUCUCCCCCCCCCUGUCCCCCGUCCCCUCUCCCUCCUUGGAAAA